UAGGAAGGCGGCUCACUCCUGUUUUACAUAACCUGAGAGCAUCUCUCUUUCUCUCUCUCUCUCUCUCUCUUCUCAUGGCUCGGUCCUUCUUCAUACUGUACCAUUUUUCUGGUCGUCGUUUCUCAGAUUCUUUCAGAGGCUUUUUCUUCAUACCCACAAUCUUAGCUCUCAUAACCUCUCUCUUCAUUCUCUUCUAUAUCUCUUCAACUUCUAAUUUGUUCACUCAUCCACAAGAAACCCAUCUUCAAGUCCUCAAAUCAGCACUUGGGUCUUCAGCAUUCUCUCCCCCAUCGCACCAAUUCAUGAGAGUUCCAGCUGAAACCCCUCAUUUAUCAAGGGGUUUUGAAUUCAACACUAAGGGAAACUAUGUGAAUAACAAAGAGGUGUUCCAUGACAGAAAUUUAUUCGUGGAGAACUAUAAAGAGAUGAAUAGGAGCUUUAAAAUAUAUUGUUAUCCUCAUAAGCGAGAUGAUCCCUUUGCAAAUGCUCUCUUGCCAGUGGAUUUUGAACCUGGUGGUAAUUAUGCCAGUGAAAGUUACUUUAAGAAGGUUCUUAUGAAAAGUCAUUUCAUCACAAAGGAUCCAUCCAAGGCAGAUCUCUUCUUUCUGCCUUUCUCUAUUGCAAGAUUGAGGCACGACCCAAGGGUAGGUGUUGGAGGUAUCCAAGAUUUUAUCAGAGAUUACAUCUUUAACAUCAGUCAGAACUACCCUUACUGGAAUCAGACUGGUGGGGCUGAUCAUUUUUAUGUUGCUUGUCACUCUAUUGGACGGUCAGCCAUGGAGAAAGCAGAUGAAGUAAAGUUAAAUGCUAUUCAAGUUGUAUGCUCUUCAAGCUAUUUUCUAUCUGGAUACAUUGCCCACAAGGAUGCAUCACUGCCACAAAUUUGGCCAAGACAAGGAGAUCCUCCCGAUCUUGCUUUGUCCGAAAGAAAAAAAUUGGCAUUCUUUGCUGGAUCAAUCAACUCCCCUGUCCGUGAAAGGCUACUUCAAGUAUGGAGAAAUGAUUCUGAGAUCUCUGUCCACUUUGGCCGGCUCACAACACCUUAUGCUGACGAGCUUCUUGGAAGCAAGUUCUGCCUCCAUGUCAAAGGCUUUGAAAUAAACACAGCUCGAAUUGCAGAUUCACUAUAUUAUGGUUGUGUCCCAGUGAUCAUUGCCAAUCACUAUGAUCUCCCAUUUGCUGACAUACUAAACUGGAAGAGCUUCUCAAUUGUUGUUGCCACCUUGGAUAUCCCAUUGCUUAAACAAGUCCUUAAGGGGAUAAGCCUGAAUGAAUACUUGAUGUUACAGAGUAACGUAUUGAAGGUGCGAAACCAUUUCCAGUGGCAUGUUUCUCCAGUUGAUUAUGACGCGUUUUACAUGGUUAUGUAUGAGUUGUGGCUCCGGAGAAGUUCUGUGAGGGUUCCUUUAAGUACUCCAAUGGAUCCUAUUCAUUGAUUGCAUUGGUAUAGUGUUAGGAUAAUAAAUUUUGUCACUUUUCUACCAAUAAAACAGCUUGUUCUAGAUAGUGUUUCACUCAAAUUUUGACCUUGUGUUGUAAUCCCUUUGUUGUGAAUAUUUUUCUCUAUUUUGCUUUUCAUUCCAAACACAUAUUUCAUCACUGAACAUGGAAUUUCUAGUAGUCCUGAAUGCGAAUUUUAAGGGUAAAAUGAAAUGUUUUACCCCAUCAUCUUGGA